AUGCCAAAAACCUUUCUUUCUUACUUUCUUUCUUUCUUUAAACCAUCUUUCAUACUUUCUUUCUUAGUUAAAAAUUUCAUUUUGAUUUUGUCAUUUCCUCCUUCAUACCGGAAACUGUUUUUCUUUCAAACCAAGUUUCUUUAUUUCUUUAAGCGAAUUUUCAUUCUUUCUUCAAACCAUCUUUCAUUCAUUCAUUCUUUCUUUCUUUCUUUCUUUCUUUCUUUCUUUCUUUUUUCUUCAAGCCAUCUUUCUUUCUUUCUUACUAAGUUUCUUUCUUUCUUUCAUUCUUUCAUUCUUUCUUUCUUUCUUUCUUUCUUUCAGCCCAUUUUUCUUCUAUCUUCAAUUAACAUUUGUUUGUUUAUUUGUUUGUAUCAUUCUUUCUUUCCGCCAUUUUUAUCUCCUCGCUUCCUUUCUCGGUUUGUAUUUUGCCUAAUUCAACUCUACUCUUCAGAAAUCCUCUUUCCCCGGGACAAAGUCCGAGAAAUUCAUCGCUUCAAUGAACAACUUUACAUCAAGCGGACAUAUCUCGACAAAAAUUUACAAAACGAGAGAGGCAAUAAAUUCAUGUUCUUUAUUCGCCAUUUUUCUUUAGCGGACACUUUCGCUUGGCCUUACGUGUUUUCUUCCUCUUUCUCUCUGCACUGGCCAUUUCAACUUCACAGCGUCCAAAUCGCUACAAAUUACUUUAUUAUUAUUAUUAUUAUCAUUAUUAUUAUUAUUAUUAUUAUUCGUAGUAGUAGCAGGAGGGGGAAGACGAAAGAAGCAAAGUUUUUUUUUUCUUCUUUUUUCCUUCUUUCUAUAUUAGUCUGUUUUUAUCUAUCUAUCUAUCUAUCUAUCUAUCUAUCUAUCUAA